CUUGAGACGGACCAAUAGUCGAAACAAAUCCGACUGUUAGGGAAUUUUAACAGUAAUUAUUAUUUUAAAUAACCGUUUAAACACUUCGCCUAUUUUAGUUUGCAGCUGCUCUGCGUUUGCCGAUAACGCAUCGCAAGGAACAGCCGUCUAUUCGACUGAAACUGUUCGUCGUUAAGCAAUAACAAUGGCCUCUGGUUCCCCGUCAUCCUCUCCGGACACUGCGACGGGCUCAGGUACGGAUCCAGCGCGGCCAGAUACUGGGGAGCCUCUCGGUGGAGCGGGCUCGGACUCUGAUUCGGACUUGGGGUUGAAUAAGUUUGACUGCAGCGCAAUGGAGAUGGGAGAGCAGUUGGAGGGAGAGGAGCUGGAGCUUGAGUUUGAGUCCGCAGCCGAUCGUGUGAAGGAUCUCCUACAGAUAGCCAGCAGGGACCAGCUACUGUACCUGUAUGCCCGCUAUAAACAGGUCAAAGUAGGAAAGUGCAAUACAUCAAAGCCUGGCUUCUUCGACUUUGAAGGACAGCGAAAAUGGCAAGCCUGGAAGCAGCUCGGAGACAUGGAACCGGAGCAGGCAAUGCGAGAGUACAUAUCCCUUGUCAACGUGUUAGAUCCUGAGGGUGCCACAAAGCAACGACGGGGAGCAGAAAGACGAACCGGUUUUGGAGGAGCAGCAGUCAGCUCUCUGUACCAGGAGGAGAUGAUAAGGGAAGAAGAUAAGAACAUCUUUGACUACUGCAGAGAAAACAACAUUGAGCACAUAAGGAACGCCAUCAGCUCUCAGAAAGUGGAUGUCAAUACCAAAGACGAAGAGGGUCGCGCCCUCCUGCACUGGGCCUGUGACAGAGGACACAAGGAGCUGGUAUCUGUGUUACUGCAGCACAAAGCAGACAUCAACAGUCAGGAUAAUGAAGGGCAGACAGCACUACAUUAUGCGUCAGCCUGCGAGUUUGCUGAUAUCGUAGAGCUCCUCCUCAACAGCGGAGCUGACCCAUCCAUCAAAGACAUGGAGGGCUCUCUUCCUGAAGAGGUCACCGAAUCUAGUGCUAUUUCCUCUCUCCUGCGCCAAUACACCGCUCCGAAAGGCUAGAUCAUCCUUCAUAGUACUAUCCCAAAUAUUCUCCUGCAUCUUGUCCACUCAUUUGUCUGACAUUCCCAUUAUUCCUACUUGACCCUUGGAGAGACUCUCUAUAGGCUCUGUGGUGUUUAGACCAGGAAUGCAAAAUUUGGUUUAUUGUUUUUGAGUUUCUAAGCUCCUAAGGUUUAGUCUGAUAUCUAUUUCAGCUCUCCUGGAGUUCAUCUGUGAACAUAUAUGUUCUAUUUGAUUAGCCAAAAAA